CAAAAAAUGCACGUGUUCAAAAAAAGAAAAACAAAGCUCUAUUUAUAUUGAUUUCUGCCAUUGUGUGUCAUGUCAGUUUACGAUUAAGCCUCGGAAGCUAACAGCGUUGCUUGAGCGGAUGGUUUCUCGUUGGAUUGUGUGAAACGUUUGGCCAUUCACAGGACUAAAUAUGUUGGAUAAGACUAUUGUACAGCAUACGAGAACGAAACAGAACUGUCUACGACAGCCCUUCAUUCAUUCGUUCAAUAUACCACGGGUUCUCCCAAGAACUACGACUUUAAACCCUUUAAACAAACGGACUAAAAUGCGGGAUUGUUCUCAGAACUGUUGCUUUAUUAUGGAAGCAACGAAACUAUAUACUUUGAGCGAAGAAGUGCUCGUUUUAAUACUAGAAUAUCUUGACGCUAGAACUCUUAUACGAUUGAGUAAAACUUCUCGUUUAUUUCAUCGGCUGUGUCACUCGGAUGUUAUAUGGCGUCAUCGUUGUAAGGUAGGGAAUAUAUACUCGUAUUAACCGGCAUUAACAAUAUUUCGUGUAUAUAUUCACUUAGAAGGUAGAUUCGUGUUACUCUCGCCUAUUUUCUGGCAAAAUUCCCCCCGAAAUCAUAGCGAAAUAAUGCAAUGAAUUAAUCAUACUCGCUCGUGCGAGUGAAUCUCGGCUAUUGUGGGGUUUCCUCUGAGUGUUGUCAAUUUCGCGUGAGGCUCAAUAGCGAUAUAUUACCGUUGUUGUAGUGAACAAUUUUGUGCAAGCUGGUCGAUUAUUGUCGAGAUAAGGCCAUUCUUUCUUUGAAUAAGUAAACGGGUUUUCUGUUGUUAUCCUCGCUCUGUUUGACUGCAUGGGGCAACGAGGGAAUCGGUGCUUGAAUAAUGUUUACUUUACAUGUCUUAUCUAUAAUUCAAGAAUUGCCAUCAAAGCUAAGAUAAAGCGAAAUGAAUUCUAAUUUGAAAUCGGCACGAAAUACACAGGAAACUCGAUUCAGGGCGCGUUUACUAGAAUAUAAUGGGACGGAAAGGACAUGUUUAUAAUCAGUAUACUAUAGGCUUUAGCGACUAUAUACCUCACGCUAUUGUUGAGCGAGCGAAAGCCUAUCAAUUCCCACGGCUGUCGCACGGUAUAGUGUUUGAUUGUUAGACAGUACAUAAUCCAAAUUCGAGAUGCUUCUCAAGCGAUCUUUCAAUUAAAUAGCACUGAAAAAACGUAUUCAGCUUGCUGUGUAUGUGAUUGCCUACAAGAUGGUGCUGUGUAUGUCUAGACAAGCUAGAACUAGGCUAGUGUCGAGACAUUUUCACAUCAUUCAAAAUGAUAUAAAAUUUUCGCCGUGUCAAAGAGAUUCAGGCGGUCUAUUAUCUCGGCAGUUGAAACGCCGGAAAGAGCAUUAUUUGUGGGCAAAUGCAAAUAGAAAGGCCACAUAUUUGGCUUUAAUAUCUACCCAAAUGCUAAAUGUGUCAAAACGUGGGCUGUCAACAUCACUAGUUUCCUGCUCACGCUUCAAGAGUUUCACAAUAAAAUAUCCUCUUUCAUUGUAAACACUUAAAGAAAAUAAUCAGGCAAAGGACAAGCUAAGACCUGUGUGUAUUAUUUAUCUCGGAGUUGCCACCAAUUCGCAACAAUGUACCACAUUUCUCACGUUUUUCAGCGUGCGCCACAGGGGAGCGCACCGCAAAUCUCUCCAUACACGCAAUGCUCUUCAAAUAUGCGGCGAAUCAGUGGCGUUCGAUUCCAAUCAAGCUAGCGACACAAUUUACAUGCCUGAUUCACACGAAUCAUAUUUCUUCGCAUCCGUUGGCGUUGUUUUCCUGCAGGCAUAAAGCUUAAAAAUAGAUAAAGUAUAGUCGAAAGCCACGCGUUAUUUCGGACAGGGUGGGAGAAAUGCGAUAGUAGCGUGAGACUCUUAUUUUAAAACCCAAUGUUUAUAGUCGGGUUCUUUCAUGCCAAACCGCACCGUGAAGCCUUCGAGAUUGUUUUGGGGAAUUAAAUACGGACUAGGCUAUCAAAUCUCAAGGUCGAAGCAUUAUUAAUUCCAUUCGAAGCCAAUUUAUGUACGAAACUAAGACUGAGAAACCCUAUACUCCUUGGAGACGAGGCGUAGACUGCAUAGAUAUUUCAAUACGUACUAAAUAGUUCUAAACAUCUUUCUCGACCGUCGAAACUAAUAAAAGAAAAUUAGAUGACUAUAUCAAUUAUAAUGUCCCAUAUUUUAGCUGUGAAAGCCCUAUUUCUGGCAUCUGAUUACAAUAAUACAUACAAUAUUCGAAGAGUAUAUAAUAUCUGUAAUAUGAAGUGCCCUCUGCCUUUCCGACACUCAGGAAAAAAAUCAUUUGUAUUAUCAUUAGACAAUUUGGAGUCAUAUUGACAAGAUUCACGCCAAAGAAAAUAUUAAUAAGAUUUCUUCCUUGUUGUUUUAAUAAGAAGCUCUCUUUUUCCCGAGGGUGCUCUCUAAUUAAGGGUCGCUAUGGUGCCUGCCUUGCACUUGUAUAUUGCCACAAAUUGCUAAUGUCCAAGAGUUGCUUUUCCUGUUUUAUUUUAUGACACAGUACUCAGCAGCUCAAAUGUCAUCUGUGAAAGCUAUUAUUGUCUAUUCUCUCCCUGAAAACAGAAUGUUUUAGAUUAUUUACAUACAAGCCCCCCUUAAGCUUAAAGCCAAACAUAUGACAGCGCUAGAUACUCGGCGAUGAAAGUUCUAAUUUAGACAAGCGAUAUUAUUGAUUUAUCUACACGCGAAAGCGCUUUGCACAGACAUGCUGGCUUGCCAAGCUUUUAAGGCAAGCUUAUUGUUAACGCGGUUUACAAGAUUAAGCCUUAAAGGGAUUAAAACCCUCGAAUUGAAAGGAAUUUACAGGAGUCCGGACGUAAAAACAACAUGAUUUAAAUAGUUUGUAUUUCAUUAUAGUUGACGCUCGCAUAUUUGCUUUGCCAUGGCAAAAACCCUUUAUCUCAUGCCAAAUCUCAUUUCCCUUUCUUAUUGAUGGAAUGCUACACCGCUCUUAUAAUGGUUAUAUUGAAUAGCAGCUUGUAAUUUUAAAUACCGACGGUAGAGAAGUGUUUUUCUUCCACUUAGCUCUAUUUUUAACAGAAAGAAAACAGCGAGAUAUCUUAUCCAUGAAGUUGUACGUAACUAUACAUUUUGUCAUUUAUCAUCAGCUGAGAAGCUGUGCUUUGAAUGACAACAAUACAAUACUUUGAUUAUAUAACCAAUGAAAUUUGAACUUCUAGAAUAAUAGCAAGGAAGUUAUCAAGUAUAUAAAGCACUUGGAAUAUUUCUUUCAUUUGUGAACUAUUGUUGUUUUAGACAAUGUUGAUUGAAAAAAGGCAUGCUACUUUAGAAUCAGCUGCAUGGUAGAAGUAAUCCAAGUUAUAUGCAAGUUGAACAAUACUCAUGGACAUGCAUGAUACUUCACCAACACUUGGUGCAUGUUAUACUGGCAUAUAUUAUGAUAUAUACACACAUUACGGCCAUAAAAACAAACAUUACAGCAUUCCGAUUAACUUACUAUCAAAAUAUAAAUACGUCUUCCCAGUCUUACAUAUAGGUUUGAAACAAUAUUAAGUUUGUAAUACUGCACAUAUACCAUAGUGUCUAAGCAUUCCAGCAAAUUUAUCCACACAAUAAACGGUUUGUAAAAUACUCUAAAAAUAAGCCCCCUUCUCCAAUAAGCCCCUUCCCUCCAUUUUAGUUGUAGGGGAAGAAAUUUAUUUAGCCACACUUAAAUUUUCAAGCCUUGUUGUUUUCAAGCAAGCUCAGUUGGUUGAAGCGCUGCACUGGAAUGAAGUUCGAUUUCUGACAGAGGGCCUAUACUGCAGUUGCAUUUUUCGCAGGUGCUCCUGGUUAGGUCUGAACAUUCUUUAUAAUCUUCCGCUCGAAAUUUCCAUCUACAAGACUGUGUUUUGACCUCUGUGUUUUGACGAAAUCGAUAUAAAGAGUCCCUCAUCAAAUGUGCCUGAAGGAAAAUAGUAAGCCCCCCAGUAGCGGUAAUGGAUGAUAUACGGUAUAUAUUGUUGAAUAUUAUGAGUUCAAAAUUAUAUUUCAUUAUAAAUAUUUCAAUGUACUUGUUGGUGUUAAAGUGUUUCUGAGUGAUUUUCUUUUCCAUUCAUUGCAAGAGUCAACUCGAAAGCUCACUGUGAGUGCUGUCAUCCAAUCACAAUGCUCGACAGUUUAUUUUAAUUAGAUGCAAGUAUUCUCACAAACGAGCUUGCGAAGCAGUGUAACGACUGUAACUCAUGUUUGCAAUGUGAAUUGCAUACACAAUGGUAUAUAUAAUACAAUGGUGUACAAUUGGAUCCACAAGUGAAUUUCUGGGUAGAAAAAUCAGAUGCACGUGCAUGACUGAGUUCAAACAAAAACAUUGACAUUCAACUGUAUAAUACUUCAUUAAUACAAUUUGUAACCACUAAUUGUGCAGAUUAUUAAACAAUCUGUAUUCAAAUAAUUUUAACAAUAUUUAAAUUAUACAUUUAUUUUUGACCUGCGAUGUAAUUUUGUUACUAUUAAUUGUACAACUGCGCAUGAUCGUGAAAUGACUUGUCUUUAUAUAUAUAGUACCAAUAUUCCAAUGUCCUUUUAAGUUAUAGUUUUUCUUGGAAUAAUAAUUUUAAAGAAUUGGACAACUAUAAAGCCCAACUUACACUACGACAUUCGACAACUAACCCGGGUUUGUCCUGGGUUAACUUUAUUAAAUUUUCGGGCUUUACUCUUCCUCAAAAACAUUUCUCUUUACUUUUUAGAUUGACUUCAAUCUUCGCGCCAAGUGGCUAGAAUACUCGUAUCUUUAUCUGUAUGAACUAUUUACCAAAGCUAGUGUUUUAAAGAACGACCCUAGUUUUUUUAGGCCUGUUAGUCAACUUAAAACGUCCGUAAUAGUAUGGUAUCUAAUAAAUCCAGAACCUCCAAGUGGCAGUGUUUGUCAACUUACGGCGAGUCAAGCAAAGUCCAUAUGGAAUUUAACAGAUGAUGACUUAGAUAGGAUAAAUAAUGAGACAGAGGGUAAGUUAUAGACUGUAUAGUUGUAAGUUAUAAUCAGUAUAGACCAUGUAAUGAACAAGCUUUCGUUGGCAGGGAUGCAGCUACCUGAAAAAUAUAAGGAGAAUUUCGACCUUUCGAAAGGCCUUCGCUCGAAACGUCGAAAUUCUCCUUAUAUUUUUCAGGUAGUUGCAUCGCUACCAAGUUCGUAUUAUUGGCACUACCUACACUGGCACAGACAGUUCAAGAUCAUAUAGUUUCAAGAUCAUAAGUGAAUUUAGAUUUAACAAAUGUAAAACAUUUUCCGUGUUGAUAUACAGUUAUAUCAACACGAGUGGAAAUUGGGAAAACGAGAAAUUGUGUGGAGACACGACGCCCGGAGUGUUUUCACACAAUUUCGAGUUUUCACAAUUUCCACGAGUGUUGAUAUAACUAUAUAUCAAUACAGAAAAAUGUUUUAUAUUUGUUUUAUAAUAUAGCACGAAGAAAUAUAAAGAAAGAAAUUUUCCGACGUUUCCGUGCUGACAUUGACAGAGUUAUAUCAAACGGCUCUUAGCCAAUCAGCGUUCAGAAUUUACAAAUGCUAUAUUAUAAAAUUACUUAUCACACGGUUUGAAAUAUCAUUGUGUAAAGGACACGAAGUAGCAUUUACAUGACUCGAAGUAGCAUUUACAUGAGUCAGUAAGGCUGCUUUCCAGUCAAGCGUUUUUCACACGUGCGUUACGUUAACGCACGGAAAAGUCUGAAUCUUUCAAAAUUCAAUAUAAAAGAUACAUAUUAUUAAUAUAGUGCUGUGCGCCGGAGGGCCGGAGUUUUGGCCUACUUUGCCGGAGUUCGUUCAACUCCGGCAAAACUCCGGCAGCACUUUAAAUACUUAGUCUAUUUGUGCUGCAAACUACCUGUACUCUCGGACAUCGGCGAAAAAACCUGAAUCCAUCGACGAAAAAGUAAAUACUCGCAUUGGUACUGCGUAUAUAGGCUUGACACAAACAUAGUACGAAUCAAAUGUUCAUGCGAAGUAUUAAAAUCAAAAACUUUGAAAUGUGAAAUUUCCAUUAAAUUUUGAAUUUUCACGAAUUUGUCGGAGCUGGAAAUUUUCUGCCGCAGCAGGAGUUUUUUUUUUCCCGGAGCUGGAGGUGAAAAACCCGGAGUUCGAACAGCACUAAAUUUAUUAAAUCAUACACAAAAUUAAAUGCUGUCGUGUUCAUUUGGUUAUUUCAUAAGUAUAAUUUUUAAAUUGAUUAAACCAUUCCGUGCGCGCACGAAAAACGACUGGAAUGCGUCCUAGUGUCGUUUAUUAUUAUGGUCUAGGAAUUAAGUAUCAAGUGCCUAUACGAUUUGCCCUUUGCCCCUGUCUGGUAGAAAGUGAUACUGGCAAUUUUUAAUAUACGAGCGAAAAUAUGCUUAAUUUAAAUUAAACCCAUCGCGAACAACUGGUAUGAACGUUCAAUGUGUUUGCAAACCACGACUAAAGUGGGCUCAGGUUCAUAACUAAAUAGGCCACGACUUACGGCGAUUUGUCUUCCUUUCACUUUGUCCUCGCAGCAGGGGCGCAUACUGUAUAUAGAUUCGUGUCACGUGGGUAAUGAAAAUUACGUGGACACGCCCUGAAAGCUAAUCCCAAUCCCCUACCUUAAUCCUAUUCGUGCGCAAAACAUAGGCUAAGCUGGUCCUCAUGUCUCGCACUAACAUAGAAACCGUACUGAACGACAUUUAGUUGCAAAUUGACGACUAAAACACACCGUUAUUGCGAGAAACCAUAUUAUAUAUUUGUUCUCACUUACGCCCAACUUGUACAUCCGUCCUUUUGAAAAUCCCUACAGUAAAUCUAUGAACAUUAAAAAGGAAAUAGUCUGCAUCUUUGUGGCUUUGAUCUGCUCUUACCGGGAAUAACAUGACGGCGUGCCCCCUCUGAUGAUAGGGGUGUGCUCAAACUAGGUUGUACGAAGGCCGGAUAUAGCGCUACCCACCCGAUUUUUUCAAGCUUCCUUGAUUGAUAAAACCCAGAUUAUUAAAGAAAGUAUUCAUUAGUUCAACUUAUUUUUGUGUUAGCCUAGGUUAACCUAAAAUUCGUUUUGUAGGAUCAAUGAGAGUUCUCUUCUCUGAAGUUUUGAAAUAAUUAGAUAACAGAAAUACAUAAACUAAAACAGCAGGUUAAAUUUUAACACAAGGUGCUGGAUAGCGCUAUCUGUCCUUAGUACAACCGGAUCCAGAUAAAUAAAUAAAUAAUAUGUAUUUCUUCCACAGAUAACCUCUUUAGCCAUAACUACUACGAAUGGGAAUCAUUAUACAAGCUAUUCCUUGCCAAACACGGAGGUAUUAACCAAAUGCAAAACUAUGUACUUCGAAGAUGUCUGCGCAAUAGACAAGCCCUGGAGGAACACUAUCAGUUAUCAUUACAUUCAUCACGACAGCAGAAAUGGUAUCAGUUCUUGGAUAAUCGUGAUACAGGAAACAAAUUUCUCAAGGCUUUGACAGAACACAUGCCGAAAGUCACGCAUAGUUACAUGUUGCAUCAGGUGAGAAACGUUGAAAGUGUUGUAACCUUGUUCAAUAUAUGUUUUAACUAUAGUUUCCAAAAUGUUUUAAAAACCAGUUCACGACAAACUUUUUUGUCUUUUUGCCCCGCUGUAUCCUAGUUGUGUAUAUGGUUAGCUUGAUUCCUUUUGUUGAUUUUCAGAAAAUUUAGAAAUCUAUUGCAUUUUGUUUAGAAUCUAUCGCACACCAGUUAUACUGGAACGCAAUGUAGAACGCGCCGCAGUUAUAGUUACGAACGUGGUGAGGAAGCGUUCGUGGUGCCUUUUGUGUUGGGCUUAAAGUGUAAGCUGUUAUAGACCUUUUUGGUAAUACCACCAAAGACACUUAAUGCAAUGUCCCAUUCCCACGAGACAAUGUUAAGCGACGCAAAUGAUGCUACCUGAAUCCGCAAUGCAAAUUAUGUUACCUGAAAUAUGGCCGGCUCGGGAACGACUUACAUUAGAGAGGUUUCGGUUUACGUGUACGGGUAGCGUGAUUUUGGUUAGCGAUAUUUUCGUCGAUGUCUGUACCUUUACUCGUAAUUAAGGUGCACAUUUUUCGCAUUAUAUCAUUGUCUAUUGCAAGAAAACAGAAAAAGUAUGAUCGACUUACAGACAUCAGUAAAACAAGAUGACACUACUCGUACCCGUACUCGGUGUAUCUUAACCUCUCUAUUGCGAAUUAUUUUUCCCGUUUUUGACGUCAUUAUAAAAAGGUCUAUUGCAUCUGUUUCACCGAGUACAUCCCAACCGUAUCCUACUCCUGAAAUCAAUUCUAAACUCUUCUUUCCUCUCAGGUUACUGCUAUGUACAUUGAUGGGCAUUUGAAAGGAGGCUUCGAAACUGUGAAAGCGUACGCAGAUUUCUGUGGUUAUUUUAAGACCUGGCUAGAAGAUAAGAGUGUUAAACUGUGGCCUCCAAGACAAGGCGAAAUGCUUAUCAAGGACUAUAAAGACUGCUUACAAUAUGUUAAUAAAGAGGUAAGAUUUAUAACUGUUUUAUUGUAAAACUCUUCUUGCAUGGGUUUUAAAGCACAUCAAGUCUGCAGGGACGUCAUGAUGUCAUCCAUCUUUAUGUAAGGUUUAAGCAAUAAGUGCCCUCCACAUCUGCCACCCUUGUUCUCAACCGAAUCCACUGAGUCACUUUUCUUUGUAAUUGAUGCAAAUUUUUUUACCAUUGCACCAAGGAGUCUUCGUAAUUUCCAUUGUUUGGUUUUUCUGUUAGAUUCUGUAUCUUUACUCUGCGUCUUUUCCAGCGCGAAAGCCCGCACAAAAUACUGCGAAAGUUACACCCAUUAUAUAUAUGUUCCACAGCUGUGGUUUACUUCUUUAUUAAAUUCGUAUUGGAAUGACAAACGUUCACGGUUCACAUUUGCAAUUUUACAAUUCCCAAUAUAUUAUUUUGAGUUACUGUAGGCAGUCGUUUUGAGCUAUGAUGAAAAUUUAAAAAUUAGCCACACUGCGCAUGAUGGUGAAACCCAUCAUGUUAAUUAUAACUAUUCAUUGCAUUCUUUGUACAGAUAUCAAGCGUGGCUGAAGAGUUGCAGAUUACACUGAAUGACUUCCUUAGCAAGGCCAAGCCAUAUAUUGAACGACUGCACGAAAUAUGGCUGUGGCAAAAUAAGAAAGGCCAAGAGUACAUGAAAGAACACAGACCAUCACGGGUCGUUACAGAACACAAGUGUUACAAGUAAGUUUUUGUUGUAAUUUUUUAAAUCUGAACUUGACAGAUGGACCGGAUUUCAAAUUCAAAUAGUUUACUCCGGUCCAAUGACGAAGCCCAGCCCGGGACGAACUAAUUGCGAGGUCUCGAAUCUAGGUUUUAGGAAACAGCAGCUUAUAGUCUUAAAUCAAAUAGUUAUUGUGUAACCAGAAUAAUGGGAAAUGGUUGGCUAAUUUUUCAUGAAUUAUUAGUAACCAGAUGAUGAAUGAUUAUCCAAAAUUAGAUAAAUUGUCAAUGUCAAUGAAUAAUCUUAAAAUUAUAUAGACCUUUUCUGAAUUUGCUUGAGUACAGUGAAGAUAUUAGAACGAUGUCGAGGUUGGCAUUGAAAACUAUUCAAUGCUGUUGGAUCAGAUGGUCAGGUCCAAUUUCAAGCAAAUUCAGAAAUUGUCUAUUAUGCACUAAACAUGUAUACCAGUUACACCCACUUGAAAAGUUCCAUGGCAUUCUGACUUAAUUUAAUCUUUUCACAACAGGCGAUUUUUAGAUAGAGGAAACUUCGCCGACUUCUGUCAACUAAAGCAGUUUUUUGAAAGGAGAGAAAUAGUCGUAGAUUGGUUCAAGAAGAAUGAAUGGCUUCAUGCAUUAUUGAGGGAUUACUGUACAAGAUCGCUCAGACCUGCUCAUAUGUCCACAGAGAUAUCACCAGCACCGCAUUUACCUACAGAUCCCAUCACUUUCUUAGUCAAUAGGUGAGUCACUUUGAUGUAAACCACUAAAUUUGUUAGCGCAAAGUAAAAGCGUCUGACCUCUUAGUUUAUUAGACAAUCUCAAAUAACAGGAUAAGGCGCAUUGGAGAACAUUGCGGUUGAACGGGUUAAGGAGAGGUGUUGAUAACUUAGUUUGGUUAAUUUUAACGAAUUAAUGCCCACAUCCCUCGCUUGACGAGACAUACUUCAUUCAAGUAGGGUGCAUUAGAGAUUUAAGGCAACUAUAUGUUUACGUUAAAAUACGACUGAAGAUGAUUGCAAUAUGUCCGAAAUAUUACGUAGUUCAGUCAGGCUUUCAUAUACAGUCUAGUACAAACUAAACGGAACUCAAGUUUACUCAUACUUUUAAGUAAAAAUAGCUUGAUCAAAAAUAUCUGGGAUCCGUCUAUAUCCUGUUACGUUACCCGUUAUUGGUAUGGUGUUACUACUACAGGAGGAAACUGAGGUACCCAGAGAAAACCUGAUGUGUUUGGUAAUACUAGUGGAAACACGCUUCUCAUAUGCGACUUUUUCUUCUCAAUUUCUUCCUAAUUGGACAAAAAGCGGCAUGAAUCGAACCAUGGUGACACUGGCGACAGUGACGCCACACCCCGCAUAGGUGAAAGCUAUGUGUACUGCCACUAUGGCAACAGCACCCGUGCGCAUUAUAGUCUGAAAAUGUCUCACAAAACGAUUCCUUCUUUCAGGUUUUUGCAAACAGGUUUGAAGUCAGACUUCAACAAACUUCGAAUGAAACUAUCGGAAAUUGGAAAUUUACAGCUGGAGAGCUUGAACAGGAAAUCUCGACAGUUACAAAGAGCAAUCUCGCGUGAUUUAAGGAAUGAGGAUAGCAUUUACUUUAGCGAGGUUGAUGCUCCACAAUUCACGCACUGUUUCUAUCCACAACGAACAGAUUGCCGCUUCUCUCAGAGGCAGCCGUUCGCAUCAAUUGAGGUCGUUAAUUUAGACUGAUAUUCAUGUCAGGGAUGAGCAACGUAUGGAAGUUGUACGUGGUGUUCUAUCACUUUAUCCGCUAUCGAGUACGUUUACUAGUUCCUUCCCUUCACGUAUGUUGUGCGCGUAUGCAGAAAGCACUCGAAUGGCGUCAGCAGACAAGUGAUUCUACGUUGACCACGAGCCGGUUUUUCCAUUGUGACUCGUGAGCCGUCGACAAAAAUAAUUCCAACUGGUCGCUCACAGCAAUGCAAAAAAAAAACACCGGCUGAAGUGAUGAAAACCGUCCGAAAGAAGGGGAACAUUAAUAGAAAUAAGAAUUACACUGGCCUAAUAAGUGGUUUUCAACCAGUGGGUUUCAACCAGUCAGUGGGUUUCAACCAGUGAGUUUCAACCAGUCAGUGGGUUUCAACCAGUGAGCUCUAUGAGAAAAGUGAAGCCAAGAUUGUGGAAUUGACCUCCAAUAGCUAUGAGGGUAGUAAACCAUCUCCUCCCCAGCUAAAUCCAGUUUUUUGUAACGGACGAUAUCGCUAAACAAGUUAUCAGUUCAUAAAACCAUGAUGUUAUUCUUUAAGUCGAUGUCAAAGUACGAAAUUCCGACACACUCCUAUAGCCAGCUUCGUGUUAACCGCGCAGACAAAAACAAUAGAAAAGGACUGGAAAUGACGUCCAAUAGCUCUUCAAUUUCUGCCAUCUUGGCCUCAUUCACGGAGCUCACUGGUUUCAACAAGCCGACUGCCGUCCUGCAACAAAUGGUGCUCAACUCAUUGUUAUCAGAGCGAAAAAAUGAUUAUUCCUUUCGUUGGUAAAUAAACAAAAUAGAGAUAUUUAUUGUUGUUUGUUUGCUCCUACAUGGAUGCGCUUCAGCUUUUAAAAACCUGACAGUUCUGAUGCAGUAUGUUGACCACCAUCUGUUGCCCGAUAAUGCUUACUGAAACCGACCACUAUUGUGAUUUCGUAUUCGAGUUGAAAUGCCAGCAGACGAUAAACCAAUUUUGUAGUUAUGUUGAAAAUUUAUUGUUGUAAAUAUUGAGGUAUGAUAUGAACGUGUUGAAAUUUGGGUUGAUCAAUUGUUCUAAAACUGAAUUAAAAAAUGUGAAAUAAUGUAAGUGAAGUAGUAUUUUGUGUUAAUUACUACGGUAAAAUGCAA